GUUGUGCGGGCCUAGAUGCACACACACCACGGAUGCCGGCCAGGAAACCUGCUGCACAACCUCCAGCAACACCAUUCAACGCGUCAUCUUUUUGUCUAUAGUUUCCAACGACGGACUCAGUGAAGGCGAAGGUCGCGCCCAUUGCGGCAAAGACACCAAUUGUGCCCCCCGAUCGCGUGAAGAAGCCAGCAGCACCUUUAUUGUGGGUGCCGAGAGCGUUCUGUAUUGCACUGACGAGGGCACCGAUGCCGGCGCCCUGGAGGCCAACAGCCGCGGCGUAGCGCAGUGAAGGCCGGGGCUCGUAUGUUAUGUCUGGCUGUACCGAAGUUUCGCUGUGCGACUGAGGGGCUUCAGCCAUGGCGGUGAGUGUAGUGUGGGCGGCGUUCGCGAGUCGGCCGGAAGCGCGGACACUCGGGUUCUCGAUUUGGACAUGAAGUUCACGCGUUCACGCUACGUCUCUCUUAUUUUCCCUUCUGCACCUUCGCGGCCCGUCAGGGCUUCGUCUACACUAUAGUCGCGUUUACGCCCUUACAGCUUGCGCAUGGACAUGCAGGCCAGUCCAUGGUACAGGGAUACAGCCAACACAACGCCAUUUGUGCUCUCCAAGUUCGCCUGUUCAAAGGAUGCACCAUCAUUUAGCGUGUGUGCGACCUUUCCGUGGCACACGCGGUCGUUAGACAGCGACUUAUCUCUCGGUCGGCUGCGCGAGGAAAAGCAAGACGAGUGGCAAGAAAUGGUCCGAACUUGGGGCGGCAGCAUCCUGAUAGGCAGCCACGGUUGCGCCUAUAUCAUGCAUAAGCAAGGGACUCUCGGCUAUGUGAAAGUGCCUCGGCCAGGCUUCAAAGAGCCAGAUUCUACGGUACGUGCGGUCGGCUGGGCCUUGUUGCCCACAGCUGUAGUAGAACCUCUAGCGGUCAUCGCCGCAUCUAGGUCGAUUUUUAUUGUCAGCUUAAAGUCGUUGGCUAUUGUUGGCAAGCUCAAGGGACAUGGUGAUGAAAUACUGUCUAUUGCGGUUCACCCACGGCGGCCAUACAUGUUCUUGACAACCUCGAGGGACCAGACCUCAAGGCUCUACGACCUGUCGUACAAGCCACGACAGAUCCCCAACAAUCCACACUGGUUACCAGCCAAGCGACCAAGCUUUGCAGGAACGGCUUUCGGGAUGCAUUCGUCUGAACCAGAAGGUGAAGGUAUUGGACGUUGUGUUGGGGUGCUAGUAGGCGGUCGCGCGGGCGGACAUGACGGCGCCGUGUUCCAUGCAGCAUGGCAUCCUUGUGCAGAUGUAAUAGCCACGUGCAGUAUGGAUCGUACAGUGAAGAUUUGGCGGAUACCCCAGGUUGAUUACGUGAAAGUCAAAGAGGAUGAAGAAUUUCUUGCGAGGGAAGACAAGCCGCUUUUCAGUACCAAUUUGCUGCACAAGUCCAGAGUUCUCGGUAUAGCUUGGAUAAAUAGCGAUACCCUCAUAUCAUACGCCGCACCUUCUCUCAUGCGAGGUGAGCGUGCGAGCGAGAUGUACGAAGCACCAGGCGAGGUGGCUGUUUGGCAGUGGCUUGGAUACUCGCGCUUUCUCAAAAAGGGGCAAGUCCGACCAAUAAUGAGAGGUUCCGUAAUGGACUAUCAAAACAGUGAAUCCUUCAGAGUCCACGCUGUAUAUGCACUGCCUGUGCACUGCCCCAAAGUACACUUCUAUGUCUCACCCCACCUAAACCACGAUCCCAUGAUGCUAGUCCCUGACGGCAAAAUCAUCCGGGUGUUCAACAUCUCGCAUUUCAAACCGAAGACGCCUCCUAAUUUCCCUCUCGCUCGCCCUAUGAAGGCUACCCAUCCCAACGCAGGAGACAGUAAUACUUCGCAGCUCGCAGCGACGAUGUUACAGGUGUUGAACGUCGAAGACCAGGCCGACGGCGGCGACCCGGAUGAAGAUGACGGAGACGAUCCGCCAGCCGUGUACCCCAUACCGAAGCCAGUGAAGAAGCUCUUCAACGAGGUGCCCACGUGGAUUGUUAAUGGUGAGCUAGCGAGCGAGGUCCACUCUGCUUUGCCAGUCAUCGAAGUAUGUGAAUUAGCAUGGGGUGGACAGGCAAUUGUUGGUGUCGGGAAGAAUGGAACGGUCUGGCUGUGGUAUCUGCGAGACCGGCGUCCCUGACCCUUAAAUGUCUAAACCCGUACCGUACCGUUACAUAUGCGAUCCUUCCGAGGGGCUCAACAGCAGCGUGGUAUGUUCCCAGUCUCAAAUCGUCCUAUUCUUCGAGUGAUGCUACGACUAAAGAAUGUAGAAUGUAAUACGAACUCAGUCCGUAGCCUGAACGGCAAGGAUAUCAAAUCCUUCUCUGCAAGAGUGUCCAUCUCACACACAACCACGUAUUAACAGCCGCCGUCCCCCUCUGCCAUAUGCAUAGACAGCUGGUUAGUCAUCGGAAGAUGGUCCGACUGCAGACGGUGGACAACACACCUUAGUAGUACUCGAUGAAACCAUCAAUUUGAGCGUGUUGCAAUUUCAGAGGUUGUUGUCGCGCUUCGUGCUCUGGCUGGGGUCAUAGAGCUCGAUGGUGCCCUGCGGCGACUUCGUGGCGACUUCCACAGGGAUGCUGCUCGUGUCACGCUUCGUGCUCUGGCUGGGGUCAUAGAGCUCGAUGGUGCCCUGCGGCGACUUCGUGG